UUGACUUGUACAACCAUACUCGUAUCUUUGUAUGAGUUUAUGGCUAUUCUAGUUUAAAAACUAGGUUAAAGUGAAAAAAAUCUGUUUUAACACGUCUAAUUAAAGUGAAUUACAAUUUUAAAUGGAAGUCGCUGGUAGGAAGUUGGAAACAGAAGAAGGAACUUUAAGCGAAGUGUUUUGUGAACCAUGUCAGGUAGAAAACAAGAAAACUAAAGCAAAUGGAGCAUGUCGAGAAUGUAAGGAGUACAUGUGUACUACGUGCUACCGGCAUCACCUUAAAGCUAAACAUUGUAGAAAUCAUGUGUUACUUCCUACAGGAGAGUUGUCUUCAAUGUCACUGGAUAGCAGCACGGAAGACGCGGAAAAAUGCGAGAAGCACGAUAAUGAACCCAUAAAAUUCUACUGUCGUACACAUGAAAUCGUGGGCUGUGGCGACUGUAUAGUGCUAGGACAUGCAACUUGUAAGCCAGAAUAUAUCAAAGACCUAGAAAAGACAUUAAAAAAUGGAGACGAAUUCAAAAACUUAAUGGAGAAAUUAAAAAUGUUUGAAUCGUAUAAGAAAAAAAAUGGGGAGACAAUUAAAAACAGUAAGGACGAAGCUAAAUCGAUGUAUGACAGAGCUCUGAAGGAAAUUCGGCAAUUCAGAUCAGAUAUAAAUAUCUAUCUGGACAAUGCAGAAGCAAAUAUCUUAUCUCAGGUAGAACAGCUAGCCGCGGAAAACACAGAAAUGCAGAGAAAGCUCGAACAAGACGUAAAGGCGUUGACAUCAGAAAUCGAGGAAGUAAAACAAAAGCUUAACACGCAGCUUUAUCAUGGGAAUGCUUUGUUUAUCAAUGCAAUUAGGUGCAAGUCUAAACUCGGUGACAUUGAAAAGAUGAAUGCAAAAGUAAAGCAAGAACAUAGCGUGAAGAGGUUUGAGUUUAUUCGUGACGAGAAUAUAUCUGGAAUAUUACAAUCUGCACAACAAUUAGGUAAACUGAGAACUGAUUCCGGCCGCGAUGGAAGUAAGCAUGGAAAUACGAAUUCUGGAAACCAAUAUUCUGCAGAUACCUUUGCAAGUCUAGGAUGCAGAAAACCGAAAUCAACGGACUUUGUUGUAGGUGCACGUGUACGUCGGGGCCCUGAUUGGAGACGUGGAAAUCAGGAUGGUGGGGGACCAGGUACUGUGACAUGUGCUUUUUCAGACUGGGCUGUGGUACGGUGGGAUAAGGGAAAUUCAGGAUCUUAUAGGAUAGGACAGGACAAUGCCUUUGAUCUAGAGAUAAUACAAUUCUGACUUGUGAUGAUGGCUUUUCAGCUUCAUUGGUUUGAUAACAACCUUAUAACUAUCAUUACAUAUUGAAGUUACGGGAAAUAUCUAGUUCGCUUACAUUGAUAUGACAGUUUCUUAGGCAAUUGUAGUAAAAUGUUUUCUUCUUUUAUUAUUUUCAAGUUACUGGCUAGUUUCAGUAUUUUCCAGAGGAAUUAGAGGGAAAUUAUAUGCAAGUGUAUUUGACGUAAUUUCAGUAACAGACGCAUUUAAAGUUGAGAUUUGGGUAUCUAUUAAAACAAUUUUAUACUUGUCAUUAGAUAGCUACUAAAAAUUAAUUUUAAAUCAUUCAAUACUUUGUAUAAACGAUAAAAUGAUCACAUUUCGUAUUAAGCAAGUACUGGAUCCUGUCAUUCAUUAACAAAAACUAAUUAUUCCAGUCAGAAAAUUAUCACAAUGUCAUGUGACGAAAUGAAAUGGGCAUCAUUGCGUCAAGUAAUAAUAACACAGUUUAUCUAUUCAAAGGUCAUCUAGGCUAGUAUAGCCAGUCAGCAUAAUCGUAGUUAAUUUUUGAGACAGAAAACCCACACAAGAAAAUAUUUGUUCAGGUUUUUUUAACAUAUUAAAUAAGCUCCGUAUAUGCGAAAGAUGAAAGAAAUUAUUUCAUAAAAUGAUCAUGUCAUGGAUGGGGAUUGUUUCAAACUUUAAACAGCCAUUGACAUUUCCAGAUGUUGUAGAAUUUUGAAAAAUCAUGUAGGCCUACAGUAUGUUAAAAAAAUGGUACAUUUCUUCCUCUCGCUGUCUAUAUGCUUAUCUUUAUGUAUUUUUGUGUAUAUGCUUAUCAUUCAUACAUACAUUGCUGUAGCAUUACAGUUUGUCUAUGAAUGUGUGUGUUUCCUGUUUCAGAUUGAUACUUGUUUCCCAGGAUGAAUGGGUUUAGCUGAAAAUUAUUAUAUGCUUAAUACCUAUGUUAUAAUAGAACUGCUAAAUAUACACACAUUUCUUUAAAAAUAAUAAACCUAAAAAUAACAAACCUGAAAAUAACAAUGAAACCAGAUUAUCUGCCCUGAAAAUCAGCCAAUAUAUGAAUACCAACUUUGUAUACAGUGGAUGCGCUCAAAAUGCAUCAUGUUUAACUUAAAGUCAGAUAUCAACUAAUUCUUUAUUGAAUCAGUUUUUUUACUUACUCUUAGGAACACGCAGUCAAUAUGGCGUAUCUAAAUGUUCAUGAAAUAAGCCAUUUUUAUAAUUUUACAAGGAAACAAACAAUGUUAAACCGAUAUAUUUCAUUUCAAGUAUUGUUUGUAAUAUAAAUAGCAUUGUCAAGUUAUAUUUGAAAUAAAGUCGAACUGAGUAGCCCA